GUCACAUUCACGUUAACCACAGACCACUUUACCACGUUUGUAUUUAUUUUGAUUUUGAAUUUUAUUUAUUAAAACUUUUAUAAGAAUUAAGAUGGGUAAGCUAGACGUAGCAAUGCUGCGCUAUUUAACACCUGAAGAUUUCCGUGUAUUAACUGCCGUUGAAAUGGGUAUGAAGAACCAUGAGCUUGUCCCGGGGUCGUUAGUAGCCUCUAUAGCUAAUCUGCGGCACGGAGGUGUGCAUAAACUGAUGAAAGAAUUGUGCAAACAUAGACUGCUCACUUACGAAAGAGGGAAACAAUAUGAUGGCUACCGCCUCACGAAUGCAGGCUAUGACUAUCUGGCACUCAAAGCACUGACUAACCGGAAGGUUAUUGCUUCUUUCGGCAAUCAGAUUGGAGUGGGCAAGGAGUCCAACAUAUACACUGUUGCUGAUGAAGAUAAGAAUCCUCUAUGUUUGAAACUGCACAGGUUGGGUCGAACGUGUUUCCGUAAUAUCAAGGACAAGCGCGACUACCAUGCACAUCGCAACCGCGCCUCCUGGCUAUACCUGUCACGUAUAUCCGCCACCAAGGAGUUUGCGUACAUGAAGGCGUUGUAUGAGCGGGAAUUCCCAGUGCCAAAGCCUAUAGACUUCAACAGACAUUGUGUGGUUAUGGAACUGGUGUCUGGUGGACCAUUGACCCACGUGUCAGCCGUGGAAGACGUGGAGGGUCUGUAUGACGAGCUGAUGGGUUUGGUGGUGCGGCUCGGCAACUGCGGCGUCAUCCAUGGCGACUUCAACGAGUUUAACAUCAUGAUGGACGCGGACGGACAUCCCGUCAUCAUCGACUUCCCUCAGAUGGUGUCCACCAAGCAUCCCAAUGCUGAACUGUAUUUUGAUCGUGAUGUAAAAUGCGUGCGCGAGUUUUUCAAAAAGCGGUUUGGUUACGAGAGCACACUGUACCCACGGUUCAGUGACCUCGAGAGGGACGACCGUUUGGAUGAAGAAGUAGCUUGCUCCGGAUACCAACGGACAAAGGGCAUUGAAGAUGAGUUGAUGCAGGAAAUGGGUAUAUGUUUGGAAGUAAGCGACGAUGAAGCAAGCGGCGACGAGGACAGAGAUAUUGAAGACGGUAAAACUAAAUGCUCUGAAGACGAAAUAGCCACGCUCAGACAACAGGUUGCCAAAUCCAUACAUCACGACGAAACCCAACUAACAACACAAAACAUAACCAACGAUAUUACCAAUCUAUCUAUAGACGACAAAAUUGACACUGAGGAAAUACCUACACUAAUACCCGCAGACAGUACACAGAACAAUACAGAAGAUACCCAGAACAACCCAGAAGACACAACAAAUAGCACAGAAGGAAUAGAAGAACUAGACAAAAAUUCCCAGAAGUACAGACUAGCCAUGAUAGAGAAAGCGUUAUCUGACGUAAGAUCGAUGAGGUCUUACACAUCCGCGAGUACGAUCGCGCCAGAAGUAGUGAAGCAGCAGGUCAAGAAGAAUCUAGAAGUAAGAGAAAAGAAGAUGGCGCGGAAGCACGCUAUCGCGAAAGGGGAGGCGAGUGCAGUUACGCGGCAGAGGAGAGAUAACAGAGAGACUAUUAGAGAGAGUCAUGGAUUAUGGGGGUGGGAUGAGUGAUAUUAAUAAAAUAUUAUUAAACAA